CGGCGCCGGAAGCGGUCGCGCGCGCUGUGGCUCCGGAAGUGGUUCCGGCCGGCGGGGUCUCUGAGGCGGGCCGCGCGGGGGGAGGCGGCUGCGGACGGGCUGGAGGCCGGAGCCCAUGGCGGAGGGCGGCGGGCGGGCCGGGCCGGCGCCCGCAGGUCCUAAUCUGAAGGAGUGGCUGAGGGAGCAAUUCUGUGACCACCCGCUGGAGCACUGCGAGGACACGAGGCUGCACGACGCUGCCUACGUGGGGGACCUGCAGACCCUGCGGAGCCUGCUACAGGAAGAGAGCUACCGGAGCCGCAUCAACGAGAAGUCCGUGUGGUGCUGCGGCUGGCUCCCCUGCACGCCCCUGCGCAUCGCCGCCACCGCGGGCCACGGGAACUGCGUGGACUUCCUGAUCCGCAAGGGGGCCGAGGUGGACCUGGUGGAUGUGAAGGGACAGACGGCCCUGUACGUGGCUGUGGUGAACGGGCACCUGGAGAGCGCCCAGAUCCUCCUGGAGGCCGGCGCAGACCCCAACGGAAGCCGGCACCACCGCAGCACGCCGGUCUACCACGCCUCGCGCGUGGGCCGGGCGGACAUCCUGAAGGCCCUCAUCAGGUAUGGGGCGGACGUCGAUGUCAACCACCACCUGACUCCUGACGCCCAGCCCCCUUUCUCGCGGCGGCUCACCUCCUUGGUGGUCUGCCCACUGUACAUCAGCGCCGCCUACCACAACCUGCAGUGCUUCAAGCUGCUGCUGCAGGCGGGGGCGAACCCGGACUUCAACUGCAACGGCCCCGUCAACACACAGGGCUUCUACAGGGGCUCGCCCGGCUGCGUCAUGGACGCCGUCCUGCGUCACGGCUGCGAGGCGGCCUUCGUCAGCCUGCUGGUGGAGUUCGGAGCCAACCUGAACCUGGUCAAGUGGGAGUCCUUGGGACCAGAGUCGAGAGGCAGGAGGAAGGUGGACCCCGAGGCGCUGCAGGUCUUUAAAGAAGCCAGAAGUGUCCCCAGGUCCCUGCUGAAUCUGUGCCGCGUGGCUGUGAGAAGAGCGCUCGGCAAAUACCGCCUUCAUCUGAUCCCCUUGCUGCCUCUGCCAGACCCCGUAAAAAAGUUUCUGCUUUACGAGUAGAAUUCCGGAGUGCUGUUGAUUGCAGUGAAGAGGCGGUGGUGACCUGCAGUGCAAGUUGACACCGACUCUCGCCCCGUGACCACGUCCUGUGCUGCCGAGUCCCGCCCGGCUGCAGGUGAAGCAGGACCGGCUUUGUUCCCCCGGACUGUGCUCUAUCUCAGGUGUUUGGGCAUCGGACAGUCUUGGGGUCAGUAUCAGUAUCAGCCGGGAGGCUCCUACACAACUUUAUUUUGUGCUUCUUCAGUCUGUUUGGAAAUUAAUGCAGUGGGCCUUGAAAUGUGAGCAAGUUGGGGCUGAGGCUGGAGGCCUGCUGAUAUCCUGAGUAGAGAGGACUGGCAUCUUCCAGACUGCUUCUGGGUUCACUUCUCAACUUGAUGGCUUGAUUGCAGUCAAAUGAAAAAGGGAGUUUUGGUAAAAAGUAGAGUACAGAGACACAGUUCCUGAACUUGUGAGUUUGUGUUCCCAGCUCUUGGGUUGAACAUGUGAUGUUUACACACACACACGCACACACACACACGCACACACGCUUUCCUUGCCACCUCAGUGUUCUCUCCAUGUGGUGGGGGCGUCGUGUCAAUUGGCUUCAUUCAAGGAUGGUUUCCUGGCCACUUGGGUUGGCUUUACUGUCUCAAGGUCAGUACCUACAGUGUUCACAGUCUCUUUAGGUAAUGCUCAGAGCUCGACGCCUAGCCCCAUGCCCAGCCGUGCCUAGCAUCAUGCCAACAGGUCUCACGAGUUCUCUGCCAUUUCACUCUGGGAGCUUCCAGAAGUCCACUGAUUUCAGGAGGCCCACUGCCUCCAUUCGGACCAACGACCGUCCAGCAGCAUCCACUGCCAGUUCUAACAAGUCCGUGCAUGCACUGUGAAGUGGAAACUUGACUCGUCUUCUGGGUAGUUCAGAGCUUUCAGUUCUGUGGUGUCCUGUGGACAGAACAUCUGGCGUUUGGCUGAUUGUGCUUCAGUUGUUUGGACUUCAUGUCUUGGUAGUUGCUCCUAGAACUGAACAGGGGAUAGCAGUGAGGUUAGAGGUCUCCUAUGGCCUGCCGGGGGCUGGGGGAGGGAGAGGACUGAGCUGGGUUGUCACCCGACAGCUCGGCUGUGGUCAGGGCUGCGUAGCUAGAUGUGUGUCAUGCCGGCACAGGUGGGCCAGUGGCUGCCUCUUUGAAGUAUCCAGGUGCCACUGUUUGCAGGGAAAUCACAUCUGGUUGUUGAGGCCUCAGAACCAUUUUGUGGAUCCAUGGAAAGUGUUUAGAAAUGGACAGAUUUCACAUCUGUGUUUAGAUUUUCUAUAAGAGUUGAACAAAUGAUAUGGGUUUAUUUAAUUAUCAGCAUUGUUGUGUGUCUUCACUGACUAGACCAGCAGCGUCUGGUCCUGGUCUUCGUGAUUGAGGAUGGAGUUCUGAGUCUGUCUCCUGGCGUGGGUGGACAUGUGUUGGAAGCCAGGCAGGCCCUUGUGCACACGAAUGAGGUCUGAGGGGAGAGAAAUCUUCAGUGAUUCAGAGGGGAAGAUGCAGCCACAGGAGUUUGUUGCAAGUUGAGGCCACGGCCUUGGAGGCUCAAAAGCGGGCUGUAGGCUGCCGCUCUUGGCUGCGAACCUGCUGGGUGGGUUGCAUUCAGAGCUCGGGGUCCCACCUGCAGCAGGAGAGGCGUCCUGAGAGAGGAGGGGCCGCGGGUGGGUGGCAGAUGGCACCUUUGCCACCAGAUCCGAGCACUGCUGAGAUUUGGUCUGGGAGAGCGAUAAUGUGCCGGUGGCCCUCGUGGUGGGACUCACCAGCUCUGGGCAGUGGCUUCCAUCGCAGCUGUUGGGGUAGGGCUCUCCCUCGUAUAGGGAAGGGUUGUAGGAUAGCUGGAGCGGCUGGAGAGGGACAGAGCCACAGGAGGGGGUGGAGCUGCCAGCCAGGGGACGGAACCACUGGAGGGAGUGUCCCUGGCAAGGCAGCACGUCCCCUUCUCAGUCUGGCUAGAGGGGUCUCAGGAGCAGCUCGCUCACCUCACUUUGCACUCCUGCAGCUGCCCUUUGGCCUGGAUUCCCUUCCUGGGGGCUGUGCUGCAGGCUCGCAAGACCCUGUGUGCCCUGCUGGGCAUUGUCUGCAGGGGUUUGUUAGGGACAGAGCUUUCCUGGGGUGGGAGGUGACUGUUCACAGACCUGGAAAGCAGCAUCGGGGGCGCUGCCAGGCAGGAGUGUCGGGCUGCAUGGAGGCAGGGGCCCCUGGCUGGCCCGGCGGGGUGUCUAUCGGGCUGCUGUGCAGGGUGAUGUGAGUGCAGGACUUGUUUCUGGGGGAUGGAACCAUUUUUCUGGGGUCUCUCUAGAGGACUGGACUGAGUUGAUCCUCACUGUUGGGCCUGGCCCAGACCUGGCCAAGGAGGGACUGGGACUCGGGAGGGGUUGAGCCAGGGAGUGGGGGCCCCCGCACGGUGCGCCCCAGAGCAUGGUGGGCUCAGGGCUAGUCGUCCUUUAUAGAGGCAGGUUGACUUUCUGUGUCCAGCCAGCCUUUAGAUAAUUUUUUCAGACCCCCAGCAACUGAGGUUCAGUCUCUAGCUUGAAAUUCCGUAUGUGCCACACACAACUCUGAAAACAGCAUAGCUAUAUAUACUUAGGGCCAUUUCUUCUUGUUUUGAGCCUCACGUUACUAAAGCUCCCUUUUUCUGUUGUUGGCAGGGAUAGGUAGGGUACAGACUAGGAAGGAGUCACUCUGUCCACAGAGCACUUUAUAAAAGCCCAGUCUCCAAACCCCAGGGUGCCCACUGCCACAUAGCCAGGAAAUGUGGACAUGGGUGAUGAGGUUGUGGCCCAGAGCACCAUGCCCAUGGGGCGGGGCACGACAAACCAGUGGGCAGAAGCCGGGGCCCCCAGCCUGUCUCAGGAGUGUGCUCACUUGCUGGGGCACCUGAGGGCCGUUUGGCUGAAGGAAUCCUGUGCUCGGGGCCUUGGCUGCAGUGGACGGGUGGGGCUGGACCUAGGGAGGUGGGGCAGCGCUGAGACCUCACAGAGGGUUCCGCUUUGGCAUCCUGGUGGGAGUUCCGAAUGUAUUUCCAAAACCUAUCAAUGUCAUAUGUAUCCGUGCCUUUUCAUAUUAUUUUUGGUAUUUAUGUAUUUAUUUAUUUAUGCCCUGCUUUGUUCCAGGAAAGGGUUCAAGGUCGUCAUGCUUAGUUUUGAUGUUCUCUUUUGACGUUUGAUAAGUUUUAGUCAACGUGUGCUUGUUAAACAGGACGUUUUAAAAAGAAAGGACAGUUUCUUUUCUUUUCAACACAGUUUGCUCAUGUUGAAUAUGUUUCUGUUAUCAGGCCUAUGUGCCAUCAUUUUUACCCUUUCUUCAUGGAGCAGUGUAAGAGAGGAGCCUGCAGGCAAGGUUGGACCCAGCCAGGGAAAAUCCGCCUUGGAGAAGAAGGCUCCUCUGUGCUGAGCUGCCUCCUGUCUGGCCCUGAGCAGGCCCGGCUACGGGCCGGCCAUGCCUUUCCUGUGGGGCUCUUGUGAGGACACACGGGAGAAUGUCUGUGAAGGCACCAGGCACUUGAGCCGUCCUAGUGACGUGUCAGUGCUGUCUCUGUGCAUGUGGUCCCUCUUCUCAGCGGAUGUGCCUUUGAGGUGAUGACGGCCUGUGGCCUUGCUGGUCGGCUGGGCUUUGUGCCCCGGGGACAGUGAGAGUCACAGUGACCGUGACACAGGCCUCCUGCACAGGUCAGAAGGGCAAGGGUGCACGUGAAAUCACAUGGGAAGGCAAGUUUACUCCAUUUAGAGGGUUGUCUUUUAGUCUGAGAUUAUGUUCUUCCUAAUUUGGGUGAUAAAAUGUUCUUUUAUGUAAUGAAGGUGAUAAUAGAGGGCGACAUUGUUGGUUUUUUUUAAUGCACCUGGUUGUAGAAUAAAAUGUUGGCUGCCCUUCAUCAGAUCCCAGAACUUCUUUUUAAGUUGGCCAGGCUCUGAGACCCAGCGUCGGGACCCACAGUCUGUCUAUAGCCUGUGUUCACGACUGAGGAGUUCCUCCUGGAGUCUCCAGCAGCCUGUCUGCAGCUGAAGGAGAGCCCAUGGUUCCGCUGCCUGGUAGUCUGGGGACAGGCCCUGUGAUCACCGGGAGGGUCAGGAGCGCGUGCUUGUGUCUAUGAAGACAGCGCCGUCCCUGUGGUGAUGGGCCGCUGGCCACCCCUGAAGGACCCUCCCAGGAAGCUAGCAUGGCUCCUCAGUGGGGCUGCCGCUCACCCUGGGCACCUGAGGCACCCCAAGGCUUGGCGCUGGUGGUGGGGUGGGCCUUCUGGUGCCGGGGCUCAGGCUCUUCCCGUGCCCUUGGGGCUGCCUGCCAGGCACUCAGUGGCCGGGCCUGAGGGGCCUGGGUGCCCCGCCAGCUCGGCUCUCCCUCCUGGAAGUGUCUCAUUCAGCCGCCUGACAUCUCUCCCUGGCUCACUUAGGCCUCACUCUCCUUUUCAUGCUCCCCGCCCUCCAACCUGACUCCUUUGAUGUGGAAUAGAAUGACUGAAAUGCACACAUGAGUGGUCAGUGCGAUCCUGUCCUCGGAGAGUUCCGCGGGAGGGACAUGCAGGUUCUGAAGUGCAGCGGUCUAUGGAACAUACGCCAUAAAUGGUAGGGAGACGGUUGGAUGCGGACGUGAGUGAGGGUGGAGGUGGCUUCUGUUGCCUUAACUCAUAGUUGCUCAGUGUCUGGAGGCAUGAGGAUCCUUUCUUUUUUACGUUGCUUGGAUCUCAGACCUCUACCGUGUGAUGUGUGCGUGUACAUGUGUCCAGGUCCGUGUGGUGUCUGAGCGUGGCCGUCCCGUGUGUUAGCACCUCAGUUUGCUGCUGUGGCUUAGCCGGCAGCACCCCUGCGCCUCCCUGCAGUGUUUGCCCAGCCCCCGUGAUUUCUGUCUGGUGUUGGGCACAUGCCGUGUGACAUGCCCUGGAGCCCACGUGCUGCAGGAGCGCUGGCAUCAGCCCUGGGUCCUCCCUUUCUCUUGGGUAGUGACCGCGCUUGUCUGCGGCAGCUGGGACCAUGGCUGUUGCUGCACUUGGGCCUGGUUAGGAGCUUUCAGAAAUGGGAUGGACAUCUUUGAUAGGUUACUGUAACUGUAAUGAAUGCUUUAGUCCCUGUUGACUCCCCCCAAAUGCCUUAAUUCUGUGUACUGUUUAUCUCAUUGGAGAGAAGAAUUGAUCACAUGGCAUCUUUGUAUAUGCAUUUCAGGUAGAGGAGUGGCUCUCCGGAGAGUUUCUCAUGGUUUGCAGAGGGGGCAUCAGUAAAUGGGAGUCUACCCGGCUUCUCUCCACUGCUCCGGGGGCCCCGGUGCUCCAGCGAGGCACUCAUAGUGCUGCACAGAUUUAAACUGGGGUGAGCCUGUUCCACUUAGCGGGUUUUAGUCUGAAGAGAAAGAGCCCCUAAAAUGUCUGAAGCACGUGGCUGCAUCGUGGUGACACUGUCCCUACAGCGCUCUCUUGGCUGGGAGGUGGGCACUGUGUCACAUGUGACUUAUUUUGACAGUGGGAGGGUAAGUUGUGAAGCUUUGGGAAUGAAUGAACUAAAUAAAGCAUUUAUUCAUUUCUCCAUGA